ACGACAUCAAAGGCUCAUAUUCUUGAAAGCUUCGAUCGAAGGCGAGGAAAUGCGGUCAACAGCAAGGAGCACGACUUGGAACAACGCAAUAGCCGGUGUAUGGGCAGACGAAUUAGGUUGGGCAGGGGUCUUGCAGAGGGAAGGUCCAAGUCCAAGCUGCAAGUUGGCGUUCAGGAAAGAGGCUUCUUAGGUCUCUCCGUUGGGUUCGACAUACAUUCUGUCCAACCACACUGCAGCAUUUAGAUCUAGCAACUUGGAGGGUCUUCUGUGGCCACGGGACCAGAGCUUAGGGGGCAAAUUACUAGUUGCAAGGUCUUCGUGAGCAAUAUAUGCGACCGGCAAAGCAUAGCCUGCUAUAGGGUUAUGUUUCUUGCUCAGAACGGUCAAGGGGCAGGAAGCCAUAGCUGAUUUUGUUGCACUGCUUGUGCCGCCAGUGCAGAAGGCAGCGGUACACAGAAUGGGGAUUGUGUUUCAUAGAUCUCUUAUUCAGUAAGCCUUAGUAAUGUCGACGUUCGAGACAUCCUGCUAGUGUGUACUGUGCAAGUCAAUAAUUACAAAGUUCAGGGUUCUCCAAGGUUGAGCUCAGGAUGGCGGGUCAUGCAGUCACCACUGGCUCUCUUGUCUGGGUAGAAGAUGAGAAUGAGUCUUGGACAGAGGGAGAAGUUUUAUCCGUUAGUGGGGAUGAAGCAACCGUCAAGACAGCAAUAACAACGGUCUCUGUUCGCUUGAAAGACAUUCAGCCGAGGGAUCCUGAUACCCAGCCACAUGGCACGGAUGAUAUGACAACGCUGUCGUAUCUGAGUGAGCCUGGGGUGCUCUACAACCUGAAAUGCCGCUAUGGUGUUGAUGAGAUCUAUACAUACACCGGCAACAUCCUGAUCGCUGUGAAUCCAUUCCAAAAGUUGCCACACCUGUACGACGCCUCGAUGAUGGAGCAAUACAAGGGGGUCCAAUUGGGGGAGUUAAGCCCCCACGUAUUCGCCGUCGCAGACAGUGCUUUUAGGGCCAUGCUGGAUGAAAAGAAAAGUCAGUCCAUUCUCGUAAGCGGAGAAAGUGGAGCUGGCAAGACAGAGACAACAAAGCUCAUUAUGCAGUAUCUCGCAUACAUGGGGGGUAGGGCAGAUACAGACGGGCGAACGGUUGAGCAGCAAGUUCUAGAGUCAAAUCCUCUUCUAGAAGCCUUUGGAAACGCAAAGACGGUCCGAAACAACAACUCCAGCCGAUUCGGAAAGUUCGUGGAAAUCCAAUUCGACAACGCGGGACGUAUUUCGGGAGCUGCUGUCCGGACGUACCUGCUCGAACGGUCCCGCGUGGUGCAAAUCACAGAUCCCGAGCGCAAUUAUCACGCCUUCUAUCAGCUCUGUGCUGGAGCGUCAGCGGAGGAGAAGGCGAGGUACAAGCUUGAGGAUGCGAGGUCGUACCACUAUCUGAAUCAGAGCUCGUGCAUCGACCUGAACGGUGUGGACAACGCAGAGGAGUAUGGGAGGACCAAACACGCCAUGGACGUGGUGGGAAUCAAAGUGGAAGACCAGGAGGCCAUCUUUCGAGUCUUGGCAGCCAUCCUCCACCUUGGAAACGUGGAGUUCGUGGCGGGAGACGACGGUGAUUCGUCGAGACCGAAGGACGAUGCGUCGCAGUUUCACCUCGACGCGGCUGCAGAAUUACUCCAGUGCAGUUCGCAGGGGCUGGAAGACUCACUUUGCGUCCGCAUCAUUGUCACGCGGGAUGGGGACAUUCGGAAGACGCUGGACCCAGUCGCUGCUGUGAACAAUCGAGACGCUCUUGCCAAGACCAUCUACUCCCGGCUCUUUGACUGGCUUGUUCAGCAGAUCAACGAGUCGAUCGGCCAAGAUCCGAACUCGAAGGUCCUCGUGGGCGUCCUGGAUAUCUACGGGUUUGAAAGCUUCCAGCAGAACAGCUUCGAGCAAUUCUGCAUCAAUCUUGCGAACGAGAAGUUGCAGCAGCACUUCAACCAGCACGUGUUCAAGAUGGAGCAGGAGGAGUACGAGAAGGAGGCCAUCAACUGGAGCUACAUCGAGUUCGUGGACAACCAGGACGUGCUGGACCUCAUCGAGAAGAAACCCAUUGGCAUCAUUGCCCUCUUGGACGAAGCCUGCCUGUUCCCGAAGUCGACGCACGACACGUUCGCCACCAAGCUGUACAGCUCCCUUAGUAGCAACGGGCGGUUCUCCAAGCCCAAGCGUUCUCAGACGGACUUUGCGAUCGACCAUUAUGCGGGCGAGGUGGUGUACCAGACGGAGCUGUUCCUGGAGAAGAACAAGGACUACGUGAUUGCGGAGCACCAAGCGCUGCUCGGGAGCGCCGGGGAUGCGUUUGUCAGGCAGCUCUUCCCGGCGCCCGCUGACGAGGGCAACAGCAAGUCGGGGUACAAGUUCUCGUCCAUCGGAACCCGAUUCAAGCAACAAUUGGCGCUACUGAUGGAGACGCUGUCUCACACCGAGCCGCACUACAUCCGCUGCGUGAAACCAAACCAAAAGCAGAAGCCGUUCAUCUUCGAGAGCGUGAACGUGAUGCACCAGCUUCGCUGUGGAGGAGUGUUGGAAGCUGUUCGUAUCAGCUGCGCGGGGUACCCUACACGGAAAACGUUCGAGGAGUUCGUGGACAGAUUCGGCCUUUUGGCUGCUUCCAUCCCGAAUGCAAGCGACGACGAGAAGGUGCUGACGCAGCAGAUCUUAGAGAAGGAGGGGUUGUCCAACUACCAGCUGGGCAAGUCGAAGGUGUUCCUGCGUGCGGGCCAGAUGGCGCAGCUGGACAACCGGCGCGCCGAGGUGCUCAACGCGGCCGCCAAGACGAUCCAACGGAAAGCGCGAUCCUUCUUGGGGAGGAGGUGGUUUGUGCGCGUCAGGCAGGCCACGCUGACGAUUCAGCGCUGCUACAGGGGACAUUUGGGGCGGAAGGCGUUCGAAGCGCUGCGGAGGGAGGAUGCUGCCGUCCGCAUCCAGAAGACCGUGCGGCGGCACCAGGCGGAGCAGUCGUACAAGCGGCAACGGCACGCUGCCAUCGUGUUGCAGGCGGGGGCGAGAGGGAUGAGCGCGCGAAAGCAGGCCAAGGCGCUCAGGCGGGAAAAGGCAGCGACGGUCAUCCAGACACGGUGGCGGGGUUACAAGGCGAAGAGCGGUUACAAGAAGCUGCAGAGGGGCGUCCUGGUGGCACAGUGCCUGUACCGGGGCAGGCUGGCCCGGCGCGAGCUCAGGAAACUCAAGCUGGCUGCGCGCGAGACGGGCGCCCUACAGGCGGCCAAGUCGAAGCUGGAGAAGCAGGUGGAGGAGCUGACGUGGCGGCUGCAGCUGGCGCAGAAGAUCUCGGAGCAGAAGGUGGCGGAGGUGCACCGCCUGCAGGCGGAGCUCAAGGACGCCAAGGAGCACGCGGAGCAGGCGCAGGCCACGCUGGCCAAGGAGCGCCAAGAACACAAGGCCGACAUCAGCGCCGCCAAGUCGUCGUCAGCGGAGGUGGCGGUCGCAGGGGUGUCGGCGAAGGCGUCGGCGGAGCUGCUGGCCAAGUACGAGAAGCUGGUGUCGCAAAACGGUCAGCUCAUGCAAAUGAUGGACGAGGCGAACAACCGCGCAAACAACGCGGAGGCUCGGCUGUCGCGGUUCAAGGAGGUGGAGACGCGCGCCAAGAAGCUGGAGGCGCGGCUCGAGUCCGAGGUGCGCAAGGCGGAGGAGCUGAACGACAAGCUGGCCGCGCUGGAGCAGGAGAACAAGGUGCUGCGCCAGGGCGCGCUGGUCAGCCCCGGAGUGGCCUCCCGCAGCCGCAUCAGCCGCGUGUCGGGACGGCAGCUGAGCCUGGAGAACGGGGACGAGCUCGGCGAGGACGGGGCCGAGAGCCCGGGCGGGGAGCUGGCGCGCAAGCGCGAGAAGCUGGUGAUCGACCACACGCAGCUGCUGGCCGACCAGGAGGAGCUGCUCAAGGUGGUGAUGACGGAGGUGGGCUUCAGCCACGACCGGCCCGUGGCCGCGUGCGUCAUCUUCAAGUCGCUGCUGCACUGGCACUCGUUCGAGGCGGAGCGCACCAACGUGUUCGACCGCAUCAUCCAGAACAUGGGCCUCGCCAUCGACGGCAACCAGGAGAACAACGAGAUCCUGGCCUACUGGCUCUCCAACACCGCCACGCUCCUCUCGCUCCUCCAGCGCACGCUCAAGGCCAGCGCCAGCAGCGGGGCCACCAAGAAGAAGCAGCUCAACGUCAGCCUGAUGGGCAGGCUCACGCAGGGCUUCCGGACGGCGACCGGCUCUGGCCCCGCUCUCAGCACCAGUCCCAGCUUCGGCAACGGCGCGUCGCCUGCCGAGCACGGCGGCUCGCCAGGGACGCCGCGGCAGGUGGAGGCCAAGUACCCGGCGCUGCUGUUCAAGCAGCAGCUGACGGCCAACGUGGAGAAGAUCUACUGCAUGAUCCGGGACAACCUGAAGAAGGAGGUCACGCCGCUGCUGGGGUCGUGUAUCCAGGCCCCGCGCGCCAGCCGGCUGAGCACCGGCAAGACCAUGGUGCGCUCGCCCAGCGCGGCGCACCCGCCGUCGGCCACGCCCAUGACGCUAAGCAGCCACUGGCACAGCAUCAUCAACAGCUUCAGCCAGCUGCUCAACACCAUGCGCGCCAACCGGGUUCCGCCGUUCCUGGUGCGGAAGCUGUUCACGCAGAUCUUCUCGUUCGUGAACGUGCAGCUGUUCAACAGCCUGCUGCUGCGGCGAGAGUGCUGCUCGUUCAGCAACGGCGAGUACGUCAAAGCGGGCCUCGCCGAGCUGGAGCACUGGAUCUACGAGGCCUCCGAGGAGUACGCGGGUGCGUCGUGGGACGAGCUGCGGUACAUCCGGCAGGCGGUGGGCUUCCUGGUGAUUCACCAGAAGCCGAAGAAGUCGCUGGACGAGAUUACGCACGACCUGUGCCCCAUCCUGAGCAUCCAGCAGCUGUACCGCAUCUCCACCAUGUACUGGGACGACAAGUACGGCACGCACAGCGUCGCGCCCGAGGUGAUUGCGCAGUUGAGAGUGUUGAUGACGGAGGACUCCAACAGCGCGGGCAGCAAUUCUUUCCUCCUGGACGACGAUUCAAGCAUCCCCUUCUCCAUUGACGACAUUUCAAAGUCGGUGCCUGCGCUUGACGUCAACGAAAUCGAACCACCUCUGCCUCUUCAAAGCAACCCGUCCUUCGCAUUUCUUAUGCCAACAGCGGAUGCUUCGUAAUUGUUACAAACCAGUCGGGUGAAUACACGUGGACAGACGGUAAAGUAGUUGCGGGAUUCGUGAGUGAGUCGUCAGGAGUGUAAAGUCAAACUGUAGUCGCCUCAACCAAGAUUGUUUGCACAGCUUGUGCGUUCGGUUGGCAUGCUUAAGUUUCUGACUUGAUCGUAUCAUUCCUGAUAAAAGUUGAGGACGAUUAUUUGAAUUGAUCUGAAUACUUUGAGUUCAUGAGCUUUGAACUUAUACCACUUUUCGGUGGUUGUACUGCAUGCCAUGAAAGCCAGACGAUCUGGUUGAAUCGAGC